AUGGUUAUUGUCAAAAGGACCCGAGAUAAAAAGUAUGUCUGUCGUGUGCCGAUUGAAGUCCUACAUGAGGAUGGGGGUCACAUCAUGAUUGGUGAGACCAACGCUGGCGAGACGUAUCGUGGGAAGCUCGGUGGAGGGGAGGACAACAUAAACUGCUAGAUGUCCGACAUCACGGUCCCAUAGAGGGAAGGCCCAGUGGCACAGCUGGAGCAGGUGUACAUCGGUGACAGCCAGAUCUGCUUUCUCACUUUGCCUGACAUGCUGACAAACAUGCCCGUGUUAAAGAGCAUGAAGAAUAAAUGCCACGGCUCAGGGGCUGGCCGGGGAAAGGCUGCUAUUCUGAAGGCCCAAGUGGCUUCAAAAGGAAGAGGAUGUAGAAUGGGGUGUGGAAACAUCUUCCAGAAACAAGUUAAAUUUAUCUGUUGA